AUGGCGUCGAUGACCAUGACAUCUUCAUUUCUCCCUACCGUCUCAAAGCUUCCAGCAACCAUAACCAGCAGCAACAGAAGGAGCCUCACUGUUGUCAAAGCCUCCACGAGCGAGAACACAACCAAGCAAGAACAGAUCAUGAAGAUGAGGAGGGAUGUGGUGUUCACGGCUGCAGCUGCGGCUGCGUACUCCUUAGCCAAGGUGGCCAUGGCAGAAGAAGAAGAACCCAAGAGAGGGACAGAAGCAGCCAAGAAGAAGUAUGCUCCUGUCUGUGUCACAAUGCCUACCGCCAAGAUUUGCCGUAACUAA